AUGGUGUUCCAGCAAACGUCGUUAUCAACGAAAGUGGCUCAGCGAAUGUCAUUCGGUUUGCUGGGCAGUAAGGCAGCGGGGCGCUGCGAGUUUGUCCGUAUGAAGGGACCAGGCGGUAAGGGGCAUGCUGAGAUGGCUGUGUCUAGGCCCAACACGUCUGGACUCGAUACACCAGCCUCGGAGCCUGGCCUGCCCGUCACAGAUCUAUGGGAUGACGACUGGGACACCGACCCUGAGGAUAUGUUCAUAUAUCGUCACCAGCGACGGCUAAGCGAUCCUAGCGCUAAUCUGAAUAAUUUCGUGCGCGGCGGGUGGCGCGCGAAGGACUCUAAAGACAAAAGUCGAUCUGAGAACGAGGGACUUGAUGCACUUGUUAACGGUCUAGCUGAAGUCGAGGCGGGAGAUCUACGCUCAGACUCUCGGGCUUCCUCCGGGCGCCGCGCCCCCGUCCCUCCGCCCCCGCCUCCGCCGGGCCCUCCGCCUCGCAUGCGGGAGGUGUGCUCUCGACCGCUACCCGAUGUAUCAUCGCCCGCGUGUCUGCACGUGGUGUCUCCACGCCGGGCUCGCCCUGCCACCCCCGCCGCCCGCCUUCCUCUCCGCCGCCCGCCGGACCGUGUCGUCCGCACCGUUUCCGUCGAUGAAGAAUGUGAGCUAGCGGCCGAAGCGGCCGCGUGGGCCGGUGCCGAACCUUCCUCCGGCUCCCGGUAUCCAUGCGGGGCCUGUACGAUGCGCGGGGAAGAGGAGGGCCCGGCAGAGAGCGGGGAGCGAGCAUGGAAGGCAGGCGCGGAGGCGGGCGGGGGUGGGGCCUGUGCGCGGGCACUAUGUACGUUGCCGAGGGCGGAGGGGGCGGCGGCGGCGCAGUACCGCGGCGCGCGACUACCUCCUCGCCGAGCCACCGUGGACGGCACGCACGUGUACUACUGGUGCGAUCUACCCGCCGCACGGACGCACGGUAUGAUAUACACUAGAGAUGCGCCGAAUAGUGGUUUCACCGAAUAACCGAUUACUAUUCGGUUUACCAUCUCAUUGUUUUGCCAGGUAAACAGCUUUAAAAACAAAUUGUGAUUUAAAGUUGAAUUGCUUUAUUUUAUUAGAUUUAUUGAACACAUUCUUCGUAAGAUUUCUUUGACUACUAGUACUACUUAAAUCUUACUUAUGUAGUUUUGGUUUUUAGUAGUAUACCGUUAGUGUCAUUAAAAAAAUAGAAAUAUUCGAACCGAAUAUAUUCGUUACCGCAACCGAAUAAUUUCGUCGAAUAAAAAUAGUAAAAAAGAUGCAAAUAUGCCGAAUACCGAAUAACAAACGAAUAUUCGGCGCAUCUCUAAUAUAUAAACAUUAUACCACCAUUACACCACCAUGAUGCGGCCCGAUGAUGCAACAGGAAUCGAUGUAGCGGCUGAAUUAUAA